AUGGGAAACAAUAUUGAUCAUUGCUCUUGCAUAAUAAAGAGUGGGAUAUCAGAUAAGAUAGGCUUCAAACCUUUUAGAUACUAUAAUUUUUGGAGUGAUCAUCCUGAGUUCAAGGAUAUUGUGCUAACUAAUUGGAGGAAGCCGAUCAAAGCUCAGGGCAUGCAUGCAACUUAUCUCAAGAUGAUGCGAUUAAAGCAUUGUCUUAGAAAGUUUAAUCAUGAUCUCAUUGGCGAUAUUGUGAAGAAGUAUCAAGAGGCUAAGUCUGAUUUCUUAGAAGCAAGAUUGCAAGCCCAAGCUCACAGUGAACCCGUGUUCCUUGAUAUUGAAAAGGUAGCUACAGCUAAUUUCCUUGUUCAGGAAAAAAUGUACUUCAGUUUUCUUCGUCAAAGAAGCAAGGUCACUUGGAUCCAUAAAGGUGAUGAAAACUCUUCUUUUUUUCAUGCUUGUUUAAAGAAAAAAAGACUUGAAAAUAACAUUACUAGUUUUACUAAUGAACAUGGAGAAAUUGUUGAGAAUUACCAGGAGGUGGUGAACCAUUUCAUUUCUCACUUUUAUGGGAUAAUGGGGACUCGAAAUCAGAUUUUCCAUGGCCUAAAGACAGAUUGUAUGUCUUAUGGUCAUGUUCCUGAUCUUGACGAACAGCUGGGGCUUUUAAAACUGUUCUCCAACAAGGAUAUAAGGGAUACAGAGAAUCCUUCAAAUGCAAGAGAUUACAGACCAAUUGUUUGUUGCUCGACGAUCUAUAAAUGUAUAUCCAAGCUUUUGUGUUCUAGACUAGCCGGGGUGCUCCCUAGUUUGAUCAAUCAAAACCAGGAAGCAUUCAUCCAAGGAAGAUCGAUUGCCCAUAAUGUCAUGAUUCUCCAAGAUCUGUUGAAGAACUACAACAAGAAAAAUGGUUCUCCUAGAUACUCCCUCAAAAUUGAUAUAAGCAAAGCUUAUGACAAUGUUAGUUGGGAUUUUUUGGAACAAUUGUUGGCAACUUUCAAAUUUCCCCAAAGAUUUAUCAAGUGGAUUAUGGUUUGCUUAAGGGCAACUUCCUACUCGAUUGUUAUGAAUGGCAGGAUUCAAGGCAAAUUUGAAGGUGAAAAAAAGUUAAGACAAGAGGAUUCUAUCUCUCCUUUGCUUUUUGUUCUUAUAAUGGAAUAUCUAACGAGAAGUCUUUUUUUGGCUGCUAAUAACUCUCCAUUUAAAUAUCUUAUUCAACAAAGGUACAAGAGCUUCAAUAAUGGCGAUCAAACAUACUCUGGAUGA